UCUGCUCUCUUAACACAGCACUUUUUUAUGUUGAUGACCCGUUCAAACACUCCCCACCCCCUGGGCUUGCUUUCAUAGUGCAACACCUUCAGCUUCUGCAGGGACACAGGUCACUGUAACUCUUCCUUCCUCUGAGGGUCCACUCUCUCUGCUGACAUGAUCUGGAUCACCGUGCUCCUUAGUGGGCUGUGCGUCCUCCACAUUGCCCUCCUUCUCUUAGCCGAGGGGAGCAGCAGCAGCGGCGGUCCCUGGGGAAGGACGGUCACUUUCCGGCGGGACAAACGGGCCCCACGCCUCCAGAGGGACACCAGCAGCUCCACAGACUCUUCAAACCCUUCUCGCGGUCCUGCCUUCGCCUCUUGCCGGCUUCCCCUCACCCCAAUGGAACACAAGAUUCUGGACGAUAACACACAGGAGACAGGGUUUAAUGGUGAUGACGGCUCCCACGUGAUUCUCACAUGGGUGGGCGAUGGUACAGGAGUGAUCCUGGUGCUGUCGACAAUCAGCGCUCCGCUUGAUUCUUACCUGGCGGGAGGCUCAUCUCGACUCUACCGAAGCACAGAUUAUGGCAAGUCCUUUCACGAUAUCUCCCACCGCAUCAACCACACCUUCAUCAAAGAGGAGCUUGGAAUCAGUGUUGGACCAGGGAGCUCAGUGAUACUGACUGCAGACACACCCAUUGUGGACAACCCGGGAGGGAUCAUCUUCACCUCUAUGGAUGCUGGAGCAACUUUCAAAUCCACCCAGCUGCCCUUUCACCUGGAUCAGUCCAUUACUUACCACUUCUUCAACCCCGACUACUUGGUGGCCCUUAGUAUAGAUGACAGUCUUUGGCUCUCGCUGGACUUUGGUGCUACAUGGACAAAAGUUCACGAGGGAGUGCAUUCUUUCUCAUGGGGAGCAGGCACAAAUCUGUUCUUCAGCUGCAGCCGGGUUGAUGCAGUUGAAGCAGAAGAAAGAGGAGAUUUAGUGUUGAAGAGGACGAAGGAUUUGGGGAAGACCUUCACCAUAAUUCACGAGGACGUCUUCAGUUUUGGCUACAUUGGCGCCUUUCUCUUCUUCUCUGUGAUGGAGGACCCGAGGUCUCCUCGUGUCAUGUAUUUUUCAUCAGACCAAGGAGAGACCUUCAGUCAGGCGCUUCUCCCUUCUGCAUCAACAGAGCAGUUUUACUCCAUCCUGGACGGAGACGAGGACAUGCUCUUCUUGCAUGUGGACAACCCAGGAGACACCUUCUUUGGAACUAUGUACACGUCAGAUGACCGUGGAAUAUUGUUCUCCAAGUCGCUGGAACGACAUCUGUUUGAUGGACACAGGAAGAGCGAUUUCACCAACAUCACCUCACUGAGAGGAGUUUAUCUAACUAAUAAACUAGAUAUCGAUGGUCGAAUAAGAUCUGUCAUUUCCUUCAACAGAGGAGGAACAUGGAGGCAACUGAAGAAACCCCAGAAUGUGAACUGCGCAGACAAUGUGAAGCGCUGUAACCUUCACAUUCAUGGAGAACACAGUCGUAAAAACCGAAUAGUUCCAAUGCUCGCUCUGUCUGAGCCAACUGCCAUUGGUCUCGUCAUUGCUCACGGCUCUGUGGGUGAUUCUCUCUCAUCAUCUCAGCACCCAGAUGUGUUUGUUUCCUCGGAUGGGGGGUAUAACUGGAGAGGGACCCUUAGGGGCCCUCACCACUACAGCAUACUAGACUCUGGGGGUCUCAUAGUGGCUGUGGAGGUUCACCGUGAAGGACAAGUCAAGACCAUCAAAUUCUCCACUGAUGAGGGCCAGUGCUGGAAGUCGUAUAACUUCACCGAGCAGCCCUUCUUCUUCGCAGGCCUGGCCUCUGAGCCAGGCACCAAGGCCAUGAAUGUCAGCGUGUGGGGCUUCAGGCCAGAGGAAGACGGUCAGCCGAUGUGGGUGGCUGUCACUAUCGACUUCCAGAGCCUCAUUACCAGAGAAUGUAAUAAGAAGGACUACGAAGAGUGGCUGGCUCAUUCUACAGACAAAAGGAACUCGGAGAGAAAUGGUUGUGUCCUUGGUAUGAAGGAAACCUACAGGAGGCUGAAGAAGCAGUCUGUGUGCAGAAAUGGGCGAAACUUUGUGGUCACUAAGAAGCAAAUCCCAUGCCCAUGCACCAGAGAGGACUACUUAUGUGACUAUGGCUACUAUCGUCACGUGAACACCUCAGAGUGUGUGAGACAGCCAAAUACUCCAAACAAAACUUUUGAGAUGUGUCUGAAUGGAGAGGAGGAUGAGCUUCUGACUGCUGGAUACCGAAAAGUCCCAAGUGACAAGUGUCAGGGUGGGUUCACUCCUCAGGAUGUGGUGCAGACAAUCAUCCGACCAUGUGGGGUUAAGCCCAGCCCUGACCCUUCAGUCCAGUCCACAUCAGUUGGACACUUUGACACUCCAAAAGAAAGGCUUGUCCUGAUCCUGGUGUCUGUAGGAGCAGCAGUUAUUGUUCUAGUGGCUAUUGUCUCUGCAGUUCUUGUUGUCAAGAGAGGUGUUUAUAGGACCAGGAUGCCAGCGUAUCGUUUCUCUAACCUUCGUAUCCAGGAUGAUAAUAAUGGCAUCACAGCAGAGAUCGGGAGUGCUGCCAGCAGCAAUGGUACAGCUUGCCAGAAUGACUCAGAUGUGGAUCUUCUCGAAUGACGCUUGGCUAAAACUGAAGAAAAUGCUAGUAAUUGAAAUUGGUCCCACAGAAGAAAA